AUGGCUCUCCUCCGAACCUCGCGACCAUCUCGACUCGAGUCUUUCAUAUUCUCCUCUUUCUUGCUCUCUUCCUCUUUCUCUCUCCUUUCCAUCCGAACAAUCUCAGACCCCACCUGGGUUUCUGAUUUAUCUUCUUUAACGUACUAUUUCAUUCCUUCUGAUAUUUUUCGUCUGAGGAUGAGCCGAAAGCUCGCCCCCGAAGCCAAUCGGAUUCUCUUUGUCAAGAACCUCAACUACAACGUCACUGCAGAACAGCUCUUCGACCUUUUUGGGAAGUUUGGACCUAUCCGACAAAUACGACAAGGGAUUGCGAACAACUCAAAGGGCACUGCAUUUGUGGUCUAUGAAGACGUUCACGACGCCAAACAGGCAUGCGAUAAGCUCAAUGGAUUCAACUUCCAGAACAGAUAUCUUGUCGUCUUAUAUCACCAGCCGGAAAAGAUGCUCAAGUCGAAGGAAGACUUGGCGGAAAGGCAAGAGAAUUUGGAACGUCUUAAACAGCAACAUGGUAUAGAAUGACGUGACGAUUUUCUUUUAAUCGCUUAUUCUACAUGUUCUCUGCGCGCUGCAAGACAUGAGGAUGCGCGCACUAUG